CCAUUAAAGUAGUUAUUUAGUUAGUUCAGCGGGCGCCUGGCGGGACUCAGCUGUCAGUGACGUGGCGGAGGGACGCAUGCGCGGCCGUCCUGGACGUGGCACUUCUGACCUGUCAACUUGUGCCUCGCCCCGGCUUUCCUGCCCUUAGAGGAGAGAACCGCACCCAGGAGGGUGAGGGAGCAAUGCUGCCAGCUCAGGGCCCAAGACCUGUGGCCCCAUCACCCAUGCAAGGUGGAAUGAAACCAGGGAUGGGUCCUAUGAGACCCCCUGGACCAGCCCCCCCGAUGACUAGCAUGAGUCAGCAGUUUGGGGGUAUGAGUCUGGGCCCCCCUUCAGGACCUGGUCAGAUGAAGCCUCCACAAGGCCCAGUCUCCAAUGGCUAUCCAUACAGUGACCUUCAGAAUGGUCCUCCCUCUGGUCCACCUUCUGGCCCUCCUCCUGGUCCUUCCCCAGGUCCACCUCCUGGCCCUCCCACAAGACCCCAAUCAGGCCCUCCCAUAAGGCCUGGCCAGCCUGGAGCAGGACCUCACCCUCCACCUUCUUCCACCCCUGGCCAAAAUCCCACACCCCCUGCACCUAUGGUGAAGUCCCAGGCAUCACAGGGACAGCAUCCUAUGCCAGCACCUCCAGGGCAAAAUCCUCCUCCUUCAUACAUGACAGGAGGGCCUCCUAGUCAGUCAGGUCCUUCAGGACCAUCUGGCUUCCCCCAGUCUUCAAUGGCAGGACCUACAAGUCAGGCCAACAUGCCUCCAUCUGUGGGAGGUCCUCCUAGCCAACCAAGCUUUCCUCCAUCUGGAAUGGCUGGCCCCCCAAGCCAACCAGGUUUCCCUCCCUCUUCUAUGGCAGGUCCCCCAAACCAACCAAACUUUCCUCCCUCAUCUAUGGCAGGCCCCCCAAGCCAACCGGGCUUCCCUCCCUCAUCUAUGGCAGGUCCCCCAAGCCAGCCAGGCUUUCCUCCCUCUUCUAUGGCAGGGGGACUGCCAGGUCAUCCCAGCUUCCCCCCUUCCUCAGUGGCAAGUGGUCCUCCAGGUCAGCCUGGAUCUCAAGGACAGCCUGGUGUUCCUUCUUCAGCAGCUGGCCCUGCAGGCUACCCUCAGCCUGGAGCUCCAGGUCAGCCACAGUCCCCAAGACCAGGAAUGCCACUGGGACCGGGAAUGCCACCAGGACCGGGAAUGCCUCCAGGACCAGGAAUGCCACUAAGACCAGGAAUGCAACCAGGACCAGGCAUGCCUCUAAGACCGGGAAUGCCUCCAGGCCCAGGAAUGCCUCCAGGACCAGGAAUGCCAAGACCAGGAAUGGCACCACAACCAGGGAUGUCCCCACAACCAGGAAUGCCACCACAACCAGGAAUGCCACCACAACCAGGAAUGCCACCACAACAUGGGAUGCCUCCACAACCAGGGAUGCCUCCACAACCAGGGAUGCCUCCACAACCAGGGAUGCCUCCACAACCAGGGAUGCCUCCACAACCAGGGAUGCCUCCACAACCAGGGAUGCCACCACAACCAGGGAUGCCACCACAACCAGGAAUGCCACCACAACCAGGAAUGCCACCACAACCAGGAAUGCCACCACAGCAAGGGAUGCCUCAAAGACCAGGCAUGAUGCCACCAGGACCAUCCCAGUCUGGAAUGCCUCAAAGACCUGUCAUGCCACCAGGACCAGGUGGCCCCCCUGGUCCAAGUGCAUCACAGCCCAGUAAGCCAGGCAUGCCCCCAGGCCAGGGUGGUGCCCCAGUCAAUGGCAUGGGUGGCAGCAUGCAAAACAGGUACCCUGGGACAGGGGGAGUGAGUGGGCCCCAAUACUCUCAAGGCCAAAGUCGUCGCCUGAAUCCAGAUGAUAUGCCCAGCCCCCUGCAAGUAAUGGAGGAAGACAGACAGUGCCGCAGCGGAGAGUUCAUCACCAACAUGAAGGGUCAGGUGCCGCCACUUGUGACGACAGAAUUCACAGUCAGAGAUGGCGGCAAUGCUUCACCACACCACCUGCGUUCCACCAUGUACAGUGUCCCCCACACCCCAGAAAUGAUGAAGCAGACUCAUGUCCCAUUUGCCCUGGUGAUCAGUCCCAUGGCCGAAUCACCAAAUUCAGAUAACCCCCUUUAUGUCGGCACCAGUCUAGAGAGUGGUCCUGUCAGAUGCAAUCGCUGCAAGGCUUACAUGAGUCCUCUGAUGCAGUUCAUGGAUGGCGGCCGCAAGUACCAGUGUAAGCUGUGUCGAGGUAUUGUUGAGGUGCCAAAGGAAUACUUCUGUCACAUGGAUGGCCAGGGAUCCCGGGCAGACAAGUUCCAGCGGCCAGAGUUGUGCUGUGGUUCCUAUGAGUUUAUGGCCACUCCAGAGUACUGUAGGGAGAAGUUGCUGCCCAAGGAGCCAGCCUUCAUUUUUGUGAUAGAGAUGAGUCAGCUGAUGAUGCAGCGUGGGGUGAUUCCUCUCCUGUGCCAGAACAUGAAGGACGUCCUGGAGCAGCUGCCCCGUGACUGUAUCAAUGGCACCCGCUCACCACACUCCACCAUGCGUGUUGGCUUCAUCACCUACCAGUCUGACGUGCAUUUUUACAAGAUGGAUGGCCAGGCGCCAGAAAUGUGUGUUGUGUGUGACCGUGAGGACAUGUUUGUGCCAGUGCCUAGCGGGGUGCUGUGUGACCCCCGUGAGGCUGCCCAAAACAUUGAAAAGCUAAUGGAAAGCAUCCCAGAUAAUUUUAAAGGCACCCGGGAAACCUCUGGAGCCCUGGCAUGUGCAAUCAAAGCCGGCAUGGAGGCCCUCAAGGCUUCAGGCCGGGUGGGGAAACUGUUUGUGUUCCACUCCUCCCUGCCAAUGGGUGGAAAUGGGAGCCUCAAGAUGAGGGAGGACAGAAAGGUACUGGGAACCGAGAGAGAAAAGAAUGUGCUAAACCCUCAGGGCUCUUUCUAUAACAACCUUGGCCAAGACCUCGUGGCAGCUGGAUGCUCUGUUGACUUUUAUGUGUUCAACGAUGCUUACGUAGACCUAGCCACAGUCGGCCAAGUGCCUCGACUCUCUGGCGGUCAGUGUUACAAGUACACUUUCUUCCAAUCCAACAAAGAUGGCCCAAGACUUCUGCAAGACUUGAAGCUCAAUGUUGGCCGAGACAUUGCCUUUGAUGCUGUGAUGAGGGUGCGCACUUCUCAGGGGGUGAGGCCGGUCGAGUUCUUUGGGCAUUUCUUCAUGUCAAAUACAACAGAUGUGGAGCUAGCCAGCAUUGACUCUAGCAAAGCCAUUGCCAUUGAAGUGAAGCAUGAUGAUAAGCUAACAGAGGAGGAUGGGGUUUACAUCCAGGCAGCGCUGCUAUACACUUCAUGUGGUGGUCAGAGACGUUUACGCAUCCUCAAUAUUGCACUCACCAUAUGUAACCAGAUGGCAGACCUUUUCAAGAAUUGUGAAUUGGACACACUAAUGAACUUCUUUGGUAAGCAGUCUGUUGUAAGACUGCUGGAAGGCAAUCCCAAACAGGUGAAGGAGAACCUGGUUGCACGAACAGCAAACAUCCUUGCUUGUUACCGCAAGAAUUGUGCUUCACCAUCGUCUGCUGGUCAGCUCAUUUUGCCUGAGGCAAUGAAACUCUUGCCACUUUACAUCAAUUGUCUGAACAAGAGUGAUGCCAUCAGUGGAGGUCAGGAUCUGGCAUGCGAUGAGCGUUCGUGGCAAAUGUACCUCCUCUCCACUGCUACUGUGGAUGCCUCAGUGGUCUACUUCUACCCCAGAUUACUGCCACUCUCUGAUGUGGACCCACAGAGCACUGGGCUGCCUGCUGCACUGCGCACAUCCUACGACAAGCUGCAUCCAGAGGGAGUCUUUCUAUUGGAGAAUGGUAUACAGAUGUUUGUGUGGGUAGGAUCCAACACCUCUUCAUCAUGGCUAAUGGAUGUGUUUGGUGUGGCUGCCCCACAUCAACUGGACCCAGUCAUGGCCGAACUGCCAGAGAUUGACAACCCCCACUCCCGACGCGUCAGGGAUAUUGUAUCCACCGUCCGGGCGCAGAGGAAACGACAUGUCAGGAUGUUUGUCGUCCCUCAACAAGGCAAGCAUGAGAUGGUGAUGAGGAACUUCCUGGUGGAAGACAAAGGGAUGUAUGGCACUCCAAGUUAUGUUGACUUUCUAUGCCACGUACACAAGGAAAUACGUGCACUGCUCUCUUGAGAAACGUGGCAGCACUACCCAUGGGCCGCCUCCAACACCUCUUCUUCCUCAAGCAUUGUUGGACCAAUACCUUAUGAUGCCUCAUCCACACAGCCUUCCUACCCUUCUGCUCCCCAAAACUCAUCAACCUCAUCCUCUGUUGUAUCUUCCAUUUCCUCUCCAAGUAACUUAAGUGCUGCAGUGACUGCUAGUAAUACCCCUUACCAUCGUACACGUCAGCUCCCUUACCCACUCCUUGAACCCAGCUCCCAAGAUACUAAAAAUGCAUGUAGAACCAGCAUUACAUAUCCCAAAGUGGCUUCUACAUUGAAAAACUGGCACUAGGAGGUUGUCAGUGCUUGUUGGAUGGGUCUUCUAUAUAUGUCAAUCGUAAUCACCUGACAGACUUGCAGGGAUUUGUUGGGGGCAAAGUUCAUAACCAGUUGGAAUAGGUUGUCUUCAGAAGAGCUGGUAUGUACAGUGCUAACAUGGGUACUGCUGCUGUUACUGUUGUUACUCUGGUUGAUUUUUGUAAUACAUGCUCAGAUACUUCAAGAGAUCACACUACAUUAAUUAAUUUGUAAUUUUAAUGUUUAUUUUCUGUAUUCUGCCUUUUAUUUGCAAAGUGCAGUCUUUAAAACUCAAGACACCUUCCAGUCUAAACAUUGGACAUGCUACCUGUCCUAAGCUGAAGGAGUUAAAUAAACAGCUUAAUCAAAGUCUGUUAUAUAGAGAUUUUUGAUACAAUGAGUAGAACAACAAUCUUGUGACUUUCAAUACAUGGAUGAGUUUAUUUUUUAUGCAAACUAUUACUUAAAGCCUUUCACUUUUCAACUAGAAAUGUGAUGAACAAUUAUUUUCCUUGUAAUUACAUAUAUAUUGUUUACUUGUAUCAUACAUUUUUAGAGGAAAAUUAUAUUUGCUUCCUCUGGAAUCAAUGAAAUUAUGGGGGUUGGAUGAAAAUUUAAUGUAAUUAAUAGAAUUUUUAGGGCCUAUAUUUUGAGGAUGGAUGCAAUGUUACUCGUUAUGUUAAUAAAGUACUUGUUUAA